AUAAAGAGCCCCAAAAAAAACCAUCACGUUUGGGAAAACUAGAAGACAAGGUAAAAACAAAACAAAGGCCGCACAUGUCCAAUAAUUCUCCGAACCCAAAACUCAAACCUCAAAAAACAACAACACGAUCUAUCUGAAUUCCGUAGGGUUCUCAAUUCAUGGACCAGGGAAAACAAUUUCCUGGGGCUUGAAAAACCAAAAAGCAAAGGAAAAGAAUUCAAAUUCUAUUGAUUUUGAAAUUUUUAUUAGAGCUGGCUUUUUCUGAGUCUGUGAAUUGUGCUAUAUAUAUAUAUAGGUAGGCUUGUUGCACAUGGAGAUUUCGGAGACGGAUAGGGUUCGAUUGAAGAGGAAGACUUUGCAGUCUGUGGUGGAACAGUGUCAACGAGCUCUUGAAUUGCUCGCUACGACGAGCGGUGUUGACGGUGGCGGUGACGAUGAGGAAGACGAUGACGGUGACGGUGGCACACGUGGCGAAAGCUCAGCCUCGGGAUCUCUCCGUGGCAGUGAUCGAGAAGCCGAUGAGUUGUGCGAUCUUCUUAAGUCUAGAGUUCAAUGCGUCGACUUCCUUGAAAAGCUAGAGAGUGCACAGGCGACAGUUCCACUAAAUAUGGCUGAAGGUAAUUCUUGGGAUGUGGUCGAUAAAAAUGAUCUAUGGGAAAGAGAAAGUGAUGAAUCGGAACAAGAAGACUAUGUUCUUGUUAAGCAAGAAGAUAUAGUAGAGGGUAUUGCAUGCUUCAUGGCUGCAUAUUUGUUGUCCCUCAAACAGACUAAGGAUUUGACCCCAAACCAACUCCAGGAUGCCCUUAGCAAGACAUUCUCAGUGAAAAAGAAAAAGGGAAAGCUUCGGAAGGCAUGGGAUGGAAGCAAAGUUAUUUAUAAUGUGGCAUCUUGGGGUGCAACUGCUAUAGGGAUAUACCAAAACCCUGUAAUUCUAAGGGCUGCAACCAAGGCAUUCUGGACUUCUUGUCAUGUGAUAUCAAAGCUUCUCUGAUUUGCUUGUGCUGCGUGGAGAAAACGUCCGAUGUUAGGAUUCUUUGUCAUAUUUGUGGUUGUGCUAGCUCGGUGUUCCAUACGUUGUAACAUUAAUGCAAUUCAUUUCAUGACCACUGAUUAAUUAGUUUGUUGACAUCAUUUUUAAUCCUGUAAAUAUUUCUUCCUUUCGAAGCAUUUCCAGAGUGCAAUUCAAAUCAUUGGAAAAGUUUCAUUGUAAGGCUUGCAGUCUUAUUCUUACUUGCACUUUUAUUAAGGCUAUCUCCCUGAGUGCACGGACUUGCAUUAGCUAGCAACAGAUGUAUAUAUUCGUUGUAUUAUUAUGUUGUCAAUAAGUGGCACCGAACAA